UUGAUGAGUUAAUGGAAAAGUACCAAAUAAUUAGUUAAUUUUUGGUCAAAUACAUUUUCCAAUUUUACAAGUUUCCAAAACGAAAACAAAAAGAAAGGGGAAGGAUUUACUAUAUAACACCAUGUCCCUUCAUUCUUUUUCUGCAUCUCCUUUUUCUCUCCCUCUCUCUCCAUCGCCAGAAUGGUGAAGGUUUUGGGUUUAGUGGCCAUAUUGCUUAUUGUUUUGGCCGGAAAUGUGUUGUCUUAUGAUCGGCCGGGUACUCGGAAAAAUUUAGUGAUCCAUCCGUCUAACGAAGAUGAUCCUACGUCCCCCGAUCAGGUGCAUAUAUCUCUGGUUGGGCCGGACAAAAUGAGAAUAUCAUGGAUUACGCAAGGCUCAAUCAUGCCGUCUGUUGUAUAUGGCACAGUCUCCGGAAAAUACGAAGGCUCGGCUAAUGGAACGUCGUCGACAUACCACUACUUGUUGAUUUACCGAUCGGGCCAAAUUAAUGAUGUGGUUAUAGGCCCAUUAAAGCCUAAUACUGUUUACUAUUACAAAUGUGGAGGCCCAAAUUCAACUCAAGAGUUCAGCUUCAGGACUCCUCCCUCCAAAUUCCCAAUCAAAUUUGCCGUGUCCGGUGACCUUGGGACAUCUGAAUGGACUAAAUCAACAUUGGAACAUGUAUCAAAAUGGGAUCAUGAUGUUUUCAUCUUGCCUGGUGAUCUGUCAUACGCUAACUCGUACCAACCGUUGUGGGACACUUUUGGUCGCUUGGUGCAGCCACUUGCGAGCAAAAGACCUUGGAUGGUCACUCAUGGCAACCACGAGCUCGAGAAAAUACCUAUCUUACACCAUCACACCUUCACCGCCUAUAACCAGAGGUGGCGCAUGCCAUUUGAAGAGAGUGGCUCGACCUCAAAUUUGUACUAUUCCUUCAACGUUUAUGGAGUCCACAUUAUUAUGUUGGGGUCAUACACAGAUUUCGAGCCUGGCUCGGAGCAGUACCAAUGGUUGGAAAAUAAUCUCAAAAAAAUCGACCGUAAGACCACACCGUGGGUUGUGGCUGUGGUGCAUGCGCCUUGGUACAACUCCAACGAAGCCCACCAAGGAGAGAAAGAGAGUGUGAAGAUGAAAGAAUCCAUGGAAACUCUUCUUUAUAAAGCACGCGUCGAUUUGGUAUUUGCCGGUCACGUCCACGCUUACGAGCGUUUUAGUCGAGUGUACCAAGAUAAGUUCGACAAAUGUGGUCCGGUUUAUAUUAACAUCGGAGAUGGUGGCAAUCUAGAAGGCCUUGCUAGAAAGUAUAAAGAUCCAAAUCACGAAAUAUCAAUGUUUAGAGAAGCAAAUUUCGGGCAUGGUCAAUUGGUGGUCGAGAAUGCUACUCAUGCACAUUGGGAAUGGCAGAGGAACGACGAUGAAGUGUCGGUACAAAAGGAUUCGGUUUGGCUAACCAGUCUCUUAGCCGAUUCAUCUUAUCCUUGUCACAUUUUUUGCACACUGCUAAUUCAUAUCAAACUGGAUUUGCUUGUUGAAUCGUGAGCGUCGCCGUCGAUAUUUAUCCAUAUUUAGAUGACAAUUACUUCAGUAGUAGUUCCAUUAAUUUUUUUUUUUUAAUUGACAAACAACUGUAAUAGUGGAUCUAAUUAACCAUAUUAUAUGUAUGUAUAUAUCUAUAAUAAAUGGACUAUAUUCCUUUGUUCAAGCUCUUCCCCGGAAUUUUUUUAUUAAUAUAUUUAAGAUUUACGUUUAAAAGGUUAAGAUGUGCAAUGAUAAUGUUUGCAUGCAGUCUAAUAUGAACGCACUUUAA